UUAAUAAUAUUUCGUCAGUCAUUAUAAGCAGCUCAAUGUGCCUCUCUCCGCAUUAUUAGUUUAUUACUCGGCCAGCAAUGAUGGUUAAUGGUUAUUGUUUACAUUGCUAACUAUGCACUGUCAGAGGUCGAUUGUGUUUUCAUUACUGCUUGUGCUACUAAUAGCUGUUUUUAAUGUACACAGCAAGAAUAUACCUCCAAAUAUCCAACGCCAUGGCAUGGUACACACAAAUUCUCGUUUUUUCAGAUCAUUAAAAUCUUUAAAAAUAUCUGAAAAAGUUGAGAGACGUAUAGAUAAUAUUGAAAAGUCCAUCGGAGACUCUCGGAUCUAUCGGGGAUUGGUGAUGAAAAAUGGUCUUACUGCUCUAUUGAUAAGUGAUCCUGAAACUGACAUGUCUGCCGCAUCUCUAUCAGUUGCAGUUGGUAGUUUGAGUGAACCAAAAGACUUACCAGGUUUAGCUCAUUUUUGUGAACACAUGCUGUUUUUGGGUACAAAAAAAUAUCCAGUAGAAAAUGAUUUUGACAAGUUUUUAACACAAAAUGGCGGAUCUUCCAAUGCAUAUACUGAAAAUGAUCAUACAAACUAUUAUUUUUCCAUUAAAUCAGAUUCAUUAGAACCAUCGUUGGACAGAUUUGCUCAACUUUUCAUUGAACCUUUGUUUACAACAAGUGCUACUGAAAGAGAAAUUGGUGCUGUUAACUCUGAACAUGAAAAAAAUAUUUUUGAUGAUAAUAAGCGUCUAUCAUGGUUAAAAAAAAGUGCAGCUGUUCCUAAUCAUACCUAUAUCCAAUUUACAACAGGUACCAAAGAGACAUUAUGGGAUCUUCCUAUAUCAAGAAACAUUAGUGUUCGUGAUCAAUUAUUGGAGUUCCAUUCUAAAUGGUACUCAUCUCAUUUAAUGUACUUAACUAUUCUCGGAAAAGAGGAUUUAAAUACUUUGGAAGAAUUGGCUGUAUCUUUAUUUGGAGACAUUGAAAAAAAAAAUGUAGAAAAGCCAUAUUGGAAUGAUCCAAUUUAUAAAGAAGAACAACUGGCAACUAAGACUGUUGUAGUUCCAGUAAAAGAUAUUAGAAUGCUAUCUGUUCAUUUUCUUAUUCCAGAUCAAAGUAAAUACUAUAAAAGCAUGCCUAGCAGAUAUUUGAGUGCUCUAUUUGGUCAUAAAGGCCCUACAAGUAUUUUAGCUGUUUUAAAAAAAAGAGGAUGGUCUAGUAAACUGUCAGCUGGUAAUAAAUUUGAAGCUAGGGGAAUUGAGCUUUUUUAUAUUGAUGUAGAUUUAACAGAAAAAGGAGUUGAUCAUGUUGAUGACAUUAUUAAAAUAAUUUUUCAAUAUGUGAAUAUGUUAAAACGUGAAGGACCCCAAGAAUGGUUCCAUGAUGAAAAUAGUAACAUUAGCGCAAUGCAAUUUCAAUUUAAAGAUAAAGGUUCUCCGUUAGAUUAUGUUUAUCGUUUAUCUUCUCAUAUGAUAAAUUACAAAUUGGAAGAUGUAUUAACAGUUGAAUAUUUAAUAAAAGAGUGGAGACCUGAGUUAAUAGUAGAACUUUUAAGUUACUUUAGACCAGAUAAUAUGAGAGCAACAGUAGUUUCUAAAGUAUUUCAAAACAAAACAGAUACUGUUGACAAAUAUUACAGAACACAAUAUUCAAUAAUACCAAUACCAUCGACGACUUUAAAUGAGUGGAAAAAAGAUGAUUUAUGUGAAGAUUUAAAAAUGCCAUUGAAGAAUGAAUUUGUUGCUACAGAUUUUAAUUUAGUGCCAAUUGACAAAAAUGAACCAGGAUAUCCACAUAUUAUUCAUGAAUCACAUAUUUUGAGAUGUUGGUUUAAAACUGAUACAGUAUUUAGACUCCCUAAAGCAUAUGUAUCAGUUGACUUUUUCAGCCAUGUCGUAACAACAGAUCCAUUCCAUUACAAUAUUAUAAGUCUUUUUGUAAAAUUAUUCAAUGAAGAUUUUUCUGAAUACACAUGUGAUGCAACGAGGGCUGGUCUAAAUUUAUUUAUAGAACCAAGCAAUUAUGGUUUUAAGAUGCAAUUGAGUGGAUUUAAUCACAAGUUGCAAAUUUUGCUAGAAAAAACUAUUAAUAAGCUUUUAACUUUCAAGAUUGAUCCACUACGUUUUGAAAUUCUUAAAGAAGAAUUAAUCAGAGAUUUGAAAAAUAUUGAUAUGGAACAGCCCUCUCGUAGUGCAAUGAGGUAUAAUUCAGUAAUUUUAUCAGAAGAUGUUUGGGCUCCUAACAAACUACUGGCUACCAUUAAUGAUGUUCAGAUAAAAGACAUUGAGGAAUUUAUUGAUAAAUUCUUUUCGCAUAUGUUCAUGGAAGCAUUAGUAUAUGGUAAUAUAGAUAAACCUAAAGCAUUAGAACUUAUUCAUAUAUUAGAAACACCAUUUUUGGGUCGAAAUGGAUUCCGUAAAUUAUUACCAUGUGAAAUAGUUAGGGCAAGAGAAGUGGAACUUAAAGAUAGGGAAAACGCAUUAUACGAAAUAACAAGUGAUCAUCACAUCAGUUCAUGUGUUAAUCUGUAUUUACAAUGUGGAGUUCAGUCUACAUUAAACAAUGUGAUAGUUAGCCUAUUUAAUAACAUUAUCACACAGUCUUGUUAUAACACGCUACGUACACAAGAACAACUUGGGUACAAUGUGUACAGUUCAUCAAGCAGAAUUCAUGGAGUACUGAAUUUUCAAAUUACUGUACAGUCUGAUCGUACUCCGAUGUAUGUUGAUACAAGAAUAGAAAACUAUAUAAACUCUAUUGAGCAAUUAUUAAUGAAUAUGUCUGAAGAAGAAUUUAACAAGUACAAAGAUGGUUUAGCUGUUAUAUUGUCAGAGAAGCCUAAAGGCCUAAUGAAUCAAGCGGCUGUCUAUCAAAUUGAAAUUGACACACAAGAUUACAAUUUCAACCGAGCGCAAAUUGAAGUAGAAACAUUAAAAUCAAUCCACAAAAAUGAUAUUAUUGAAUUUUAUCAUGAUCAAAUUAGUCAAUCUGGGCCAAAACGUCGUAAGUUAGCAGUACAUGUAAAAUCUACAUUAUACAAUAAAAGCAAAGAUAAUUUUAAAGAUGUGGAUAAUAGUUUAAUAGUAAACAACAAUAUUACUUUGAUUAAGGAUAUAACAGAAUUCAAGAAGAAGCAUUCACUGUAUCCAUUGUCUAGCCCAUUUAUACCUAUUAGACCCACAUCUACAAAGUCCAAGUUAUAAUAUGUAUUUUAAAUUAUUUCUUACAAAAAUAUAUUAGAUUUUUUUACAUCUAAAUUAUAAUAAUUCAUAUUGUAUCAAAAUAUGUAUAUUUUUUUUUUAUUUAGAAUUGUAAUUAAAAUUACUUUUUAGACUGGCUAUUCUCAACAUAAGGUCUUUAGAUUAUUUAGGGUUUCCAAUAUAUAAAAUAAUACAUGAAUUAAUGUUUAAUUAUUUGGUUAUCACUUUAUAAAGGUUAACAAUCUCUUAUUAAGUCAUUUAUUUAAACGACCUC